AUGAAAUGCCCACAUCCAAGCAUUGCUCUCCUUCGGACAGUUCUCGAGCAGCCCUCUGUCUCAACAGUACUGCUGAACUCGUUGCACGAUCUACCUGCAGGAUCUUUCAAUUUAGAUCUGUCAAAACUUGUCCUCGAGCAUGCAAAAUUCGAUCAUACUUCAAAACUGACUCGAUGCUUACACCGAGGCUCGGGUAUCUCAAAAUUAGACGUUGUUGGAUCCGAGCUCAACAAAAACUUUGAGCGCAGAACUUUCAAAGGCCUUCAGGAGCUCAAUUUGUCGGUGGGAUAUCAUCGUGUAUCAUACGCAUGGCUUCCUACGUUUACAUCGGCUCACCCAUACCUGAAACAGCUUUGGCUUGUAGACAAUGGAAACCGAUAUUUCAAUCAUCAUACGCCACUCUUCCUCUCUUCAUUUAUCCAGGAAUCCGUCCGUCGAGACCUUCGUGAACAUUUUGAUAUUCAUCGUGUUGGUCUGAGUCGAACGACCCAGCUCCCACUACAGUGGCAUGUUACUGGGAUGUUCAUAACCACCACAUUCGGCGGUACUCGCUUAUUCGAAAUUUUAUCCCUCAUCUCUUCCUCAUUCCCCUCAAUUGAGGUCUUGAGCCUUGACCUUGACUAUUAUGAUGAUACCUAUCAUAUUGAUGAUUUUGUCGUUGCACUCAAUAGUUUAUCGUCGCUACGAAUCUUGUACUUUCGCAACGUUCUUCGGCAGCUACAAUUUGGACUCAAAGGUCAUUUACAACCAGUGCGCAAACUUGAUCAGAAUGGUCCUUGCGCAGUAUACGCCGCCAUCGCAGAAGCUGAUUUAUUAUGGUGCACUUCUUACAUUGCGAAGCGUAUGGGAGGAUUACAGGCCUUCUAUGUCGACGAAAUGGGCUAUGAACAUGAACGAUCUGGUACUGGAGGUCAGUGGUGGCUCAAAGGGUGGAUUCGUGUGCAUGAUGAAGCGCGAGACGUUAGCGGAACACUCCGUGUUCUGCUAUCUUAA